AUGAUUCGAGGAUUAAAGUCGAAAUCGGUGGUGCUGACAAGCCCCGAAAGAUCACUUGAAGUACGACAACGCACUGUUCCAUCUCCGUCUGCUGGAUGCGUAAAUAUCGGGGUUCUACGUGCCGGAGUCUGUGGGACUGAUGUCCAUCUAUGGAAGGGUGACCAACCACUUCCCGGAUCUGUCGUGCUUGGACAUGAAGGACUAGGUCGAAUUAUUGAAUUGGGAGCUGGUGUGACGACUGAUCACGCCAGUCACCCUGUUGCUAUUGGUGAUGUUGUCUACUGGAACCCGAUCCGGCCAUGUAAUUCCUGCUACAACUGUACAGUGGCCCAGGAUUUUACGGCGUGUGAAAACGGAACCUUUUGGUCACCAGCGGAGAAUCCUACCGUUUGGGCGUCUUAUACACAGGUGGCUACGCUCAUGCCCAGCAACUCCUUCUACAAAGUGGACCAGAAAGUACCAUUGAAUGCCUAUGUCGCCUUGGGUUGCGCUCUCCCAACCAUUCUUCAGGCCAUCGACCAUCUUGGACAAAUCCCGCCUGGCUGCAAUGUGGUCGUGCAAGGUGCCGGCCCUGUUGGCCUGGCUGCCAUCAUGAUGGCCAGUCUUGCACAAGCUAGGCAUAUCGUCUGCAUUGAAGGGAAUAAAAGGCGUCUUGAUCACGCCCGUGCCUUUGGAGCGACCGCGCUUGUCGACUUCCGCCAAGAGGGGCUCAAAACGAUUGAGGCCCGGAGAACCCAUAUUGGAAACAUAGUUGGCGAGAGGGGCGUGAACCUUGUUAUCGAGUGUAGCGGAAAUGCGUCGGCCUUCGUGGAAGGGAUUGGACUCCUGGCACGUAGCGGCACAUACUUGCUGGUGGGCACAUGGGCCGGCUCGGACACAGUACCGAUAUGUCCAUCUGACGUUGUUCAAAAGGCACUCAAAAUCGUGGGCUCAACAUACUGUUCCCCAUGGUGUUACUAUCGCGCCGCACAGAUCGUCCAGGCAAACCAUCAGAGAUUCCCCCUAGCCGCCUGUGUCACGGCUAUGUACCCGUUGGAGAGGGCGGAACAAGCACUAGAGGAUGUGGCCUUGGGGAAGGUCAUAAAGGCAGUCAUUGAUCCUCAGGCAAAAUCAUAG